GGGAAGCCCUGGAGAGAAACUGUAGAUAGGGCCUCAUUUGUAACCACGUGCAGCUUCUGAUCUUGGGUGCCUUCAACCAAUAGAAAGUUUGGGAAAGUCUCCCCAGGCAUCUCAGGGUUUCUCCAGCACCAGGUAACUCUCAACAAUGGGGAGCCAUACAGUGCAAGUGAGAUUUCACUGGAAUUUGUCCGUGGAAAAAGUCAUCACAAUUGGGGUGGACAUGUAAACACUGCCAGAAACAAUGGGAAAGUCAUUCAACCUCAGAAUGUCUGCUCUGAAGAAGUGAAUAAUGAGGGUAACAAAUUUGGGAAAGUUUCUACGCAUAUAUUUAACCUGAAUUGGCAUAAGAGAGUUCACACUAGAAAAAAGCUCUAUGAGUGUACUGAUUGUGGGAAGUUCUUUAGAGAAAGCUCUUCCCUCAUUCAACAAAGGAGAGUUCACAAUGGGGAAAAGCCCUAUGAGUGCACUGAUUGUGGGAAGAUCUUUAGGGAAUGCUCUACCCUAACUCAACAAAAGAGAGUUCACACUGGUGAAAAGCCCUAUGUGUGGGGGGUGAUUGUGGGAAGUCAUUCAGGGAAAAGGGUAACCUCAACAGUCAACAGAGAACCCACACUGGUGAAAAGCCCUAUGUGUGUGGUGAUUGUGGGAAGUCAUUCAGUCAAAAGUGUAGCCUCAACAGUCACCAGAGAGUGCACACUGGUGCUAAGCUUUAUAAGUGUAGUGAAUGUGGGACAUCAU